GAUGGCUGUUCUCUCAAAGGAGUAUGGGUACGUCAUCCUGACGGGGGCUGCCAGCUUCGUCUUGGUCAUGCACCUCGCACUGAAAGUGGGCAAGGCCCGCAAGAAGUACAAGGUGGAGUAUCCAGCCAUGUACAGCACCGACCCUGAACACGGGCAUAUGUUCAACUGCAUCCAGCGUGCACACCAGAACACGUUGGAAGUUUACCCCGCCUUCCUGUUCUUCUUAGCCACCGGUGGACUCCACCACCCGCGGCUUGCCACGGGGCUUGGCAUCACCUGGAUCCUUGGGAGAAUCCUCUAUGCCCAUGGCUACUACACAGGAGAUCCCAAAAACCGCAGGAGAGGGACCAUCGGUUCAAUUGCACUCCUCGUGCUGGUGGGCACAGGAGUGCAUUCAGCUUGCGAGCACCUCGGCUGGACCUGCCAGCGCUGA